UGUCACCCACCUCCAGGGUGACUGGGCCAAUUCCACCCUUGAGAGGGUGCCUUUUUCUGAUUCCCUCCACCCUGUCCUUUGGGCUGUUGGCCACCUGGCUUCCGGGACCCCGUUCCACAAGAGAGCCAGUGUUCAUUCUGACCGCUUGGUGCCCUUGCGUAUGACCUGCAUAUGACCUGCCCCCCCGCAUAUGACCUCUCCCAAGACCUCUGCUCUGAGCCUAAAGCUGGGAGCAUCAGACUCGGGGUAGGGACUGUUCAUGGAUUCUGCCUUUCUUGCCUCCCAGGCGAAAGACAGUGAUGAUGAAGAGGAGGUGGUCCAUGUGGAUCGGGAUCACUUCAUGGAUGAGUUCUUUGAACAGGUGGAAGAGAUCCGGGGCUGCAUUGAGAAGCUGUCAGAGGAUGUAGAGCAAGUGAAAAAACAGCACAGUGCCAUCCUGGCCGCCCCCAACCCAGAUGAGAAGACCAAACAGGAGCUGGAGGACCUCACCGCAGACAUCAAGAAGACUGCCAACAAGGUUCGGUCCAAGUUGAAAGCGAUCGAGCAAAGCAUUGAACAAGAGGAGGGGCUGAACCGUUCCUCCGCGGACCUGCGCAUCCGCAAGACCCAGCACUCCACACUCUCCCGGAAGUUCGUGGAAGUAAUGACCGAAUAUAAUGCGACCCAGUCCAAGUACCGGGACCGCUGCAAGGACCGGAUCCAGCGGCAGCUGGAGAUCACUGGAAGGACCACGACGAACGAAGAACUGGAAGACAUGCUGGAGAGCGGGAAGUUGGCCAUCUUCACCGAUGAUAUCAAAAUGGACUCGCAGAUGACAAAGCAGGCACUGAAUGAGAUCGAGACGAGGCACAACGAGAUCAUCAAACUGGAAACCAGCAUCCGAGAGCUGCAUGACAUGUUUGUGGACAUGGCCAUGCUCGUGGAAAGCCAGGGUGAGAUGAUUGACCGCAUUGAGUACAACGUGGAACAUUCCGUGGACUAUGUGGAGCGAGCUGUGUCUGACACCAAGAAAGCUGUGAAAUAUCAGAGCAAGGCCCGGAGGAAGAAAAUCAUGAUCAUCAUUUGCUGUGUGGUGCUGGGGGUGGUCUUGGCGUCAUCCAUUGGGGGGACGCUGGGCUUGUAGGCCCCCCCCAUCUCUCCCAGACCCUUCCCCCACCACAUUGGGAGCAAUACCCCCACCAUCCCCUUCCAUCCCCUGCUCCAGGCUCACCCCCAAGACAGACCCAGGCAGC